UCCAUCGGUUUCAUCAGGACAGAAACGACAGCAACGAACGGAUCGGAUCGGAUUUGAACCGGACUUCGCUGACCGGACGGGGGUUCAGUGUGCCGCCUCACGUGAUUCUAGUGAACAUACACUAACCGGGGCAGAAAUCGCUGCUUAAUGCUGUGGAAUUGGUGGUUGUGGACAAGGCGAAAGACCGCUACGCGUAUACGGAUGUACGGCUACCGAGUCUUUUGUUCAACGACGGAAACCACCGCAGAAAAGGAAGCAUUCGACAGGGAAAUGGUGGUUCUCAAUCCGGUGCACAUGGACACGGAGGCGGUCAAGCAGACGUUCAUGCAGCUAGUCGAAGAGGCGCUCCUUGAAGCGCAGAUGGGUCUUGGAUUCAUGUACGCCACGGGCAUCUGGUUCAACGAGACGCAUGUCAAGGUGCUGGUCUACUACACGAUAGCAGCUUUGGGGAACAACUCGUGGGCUCAUAAGGCGCUUGGGUACCGGUCCUGGCCCGGAGUUGGGUAUCGAUUAGUUGCGAAACUACGCUGGAUUUCUACAGGAAGGUGGCCAAUGGCCAAUCAAGUGAAGUUUUCCGGCGGAGUAGCCGUCCAUCGGAUAAGGCUUCUGGAUUAA